AUGUCCUGGCAAUCUCCAUCAGCCAUGGCUGGGAUCGGAGGAAUGCCCGGCGGCAUGGAUGGUUCGAAUGGCCCACAGGGGACGGAAUACACAUUACAGGGUGUAAUGCGCUUCCUACAGACAGAAUGGCACCGACAUGAACGCGAUCGCAAUGCAUGGGAGAUUGAAAGGGCAGAGAUGAAGUCUCGCAUUGGCCGAUUAGAGGGUGAUCUGCGCACAAGCAAGCGCCUGCAUGAGUCCCUUGGGAAGCAUGUUCGGCUGAUGGAAACUGCCCUGAAAAGGGAGAGAGAGAAGGUCAAGAAGCUUUCGAACAACGAAAAGUCCGAAGACUCAAAGGAUCCCAAAGAUACUGCACGCGAAAGUGUCAACUUCCUGAAAGCACAUCGUCCCAAGUCGAGCACGGACCAUGAGAAUGACGAAGCACCAGACAACGAAAACCCGCAUGAAGGUCAAGUUGAAGACAUGGACAAAGUCCGAGCAUACCUAUCCAAAGCUUCUCACGAAAUCGCGUACCAUGUCAUACCUGCCUCCCACCCGACACCUGACAUGAACGACUCCGACAUGUCAGGCCAGCUUUACGGCAAUUCACAGCUGUCGCAACAGAACCUGGAGGAGGCUUAUCUCCAGCAGCAACGCCAGAAGACAAAUCAUGUCAUGGCACGUGAAAUGGCCUUACAAAACCACCAACCCAUGUCCAAUCACUACCCUGAUAAUGCUAUGGCUCGUGCUCAAAACCAGUAUCUAUCUCGGGACGUCAUGGAUCGGCGGUCAAUGGAUUCGCAGCAAGCCCCCGUGGCACCGAUUCAAAGUCGAACCCAGGUGUACGAACAUGGCACAUUAGACGAUCGCCCAAACCAGGCAUACGAAGCCCAGGGCCCUCGAGUGGUUGUCAGGGAGGAUGUGAACCCGCAAAAUCUGACAGAGGAAAGAACAGAGGACGUGGAUGGGUGGAGUUUUGAUGAACCGGCGGAGCAGGAACUCGUGGUCACCGAACCCGUCCCGCUUCAUCGUCCGGAUACCGAUGUUUUCCCAAAUGCCAAUUUUAUGCGCUCCGAGUCGACCAAGAGUGGGUCUCUCCCCCACCGCAGAAAGAGUUCGGGGUCAACGCGCAAGAGCGAUGGUGCAAUUGAUACUCGGGAUGCAGCUCCGAGCUUCGGAAAGCAGGAAGAUUUUAGAUAUCGGUUUGCGCUGCGUGGCCACUUGGAUGUGAUUCGAUCUGUCAUCUUCACCGGCGGAGGUAGCCCAACAUAUCCCGAGAUCUGCACUUGCAGCGACGACGGAACAAUCAAGCGGUGGAUCAUCCCGUCUACUUCGGCUAGCUCUGGAGCUGGUUCUAACCAGAGUUUGGACAUUACGAGCUCCUUUACUCAUCGCGGACACGACGGCGCUGUGAUUUCUCUUGCCGCCUGCUCACCGUCUCAGAACAUCUCCAGUGACGGCCGUAUCUUGUGUGACGGAUGGGUAUUUUCAGGUGGCCAGGAUGCUACUGUGCGUGUAUGGGAACGUGGGCGGAUUGAUCCUAAGGCCACCCUAGACGGGGGUCACACAGAUGCAGUCUGGGGACUCUGUGUUCUCCCCGGGACCGUAGGAUCUGUCUUUGGGGACUCAAGCAGCCGGUAUGGUGGAUCUGAUCGAAUUCUCUUGGCGUCCGGCGCAGCAGAUGGCUCCGUCUUGAUUUGGGCUAUCAGCGACAUUCUUCAACCUUCCUCGCCCCCGGUCGCAAAAGGCCGUCAGCGGGCGAACUCAAAGUCAAUGGUUUCCGGUUCCAACAUCCAAAACGUCCCUCAACCCAGUGUCGCUCCAACCACAACUCUCCAUUACACCAUUGUUCAUCGUAUCCCGCGCACUAAUUCUCCUUCCCCAACAUGCAUCAGCCCCUUGUCUCUUGCAGGCGUCAACUUUGUCGUCUCCUAUUCGGAUGCCUCUAUCAUUGUCUACGACACACGCACUGGCGAAGAAGUUGCGGGCAUGGCCAGUCUCGAGACAUAUGAUGGUACACCUGCUACUGGGGUGAACUCAGUCGUCGCCACCACUGUCGGCUUUGAUGGAACCGUUAAUCUUGAUCCCAACCGCGCGAUGGCCGAAGAAGAAACAGUGGUUCACGGAGCUACUGGAUCAAGCAACGUUGAGGGUGUAAUCAUCAGUGGUUACGAGGACCGAUACAUCCGCUUCUUUGAUGCGAAUAGUGGUCAAUGUACAUACACAAUGCUUGCUCAUCCUGCUGCGAUAGCCUCACUGUCAUUGUCUCCGGAUGGGCGUGAGCUCGUUUCAGCUGGCCAUGAUGCAAGCUUGCGAUUCUGGAACCUUGAAAAGCGCAGCUGUACCCAGGAGCUGACAAGCUACCGACUGAUGCGUGAUGAAGGAGUUUGUUCCGUGGUAUGGAGCCGUGAUGGCAAAUGGGUUGUUGGUGGUGGUGGAGACGGUGUGGCCAAGGCCUUUUCCCGAUGA